AUGGGUUACAGCUUAAGGGUUUUCUCGUGGAACGUCGGAGGAGCUGGUAGCAGAGCUUUUUAUAGGGCUCUGAAAUUGGCAAUCCAGAAUCAUCGUCCUGACUUUGUGAUUUUGUUGGAACCACAAAUGAGCGGCGAGUCGGCUAAUGGGGUUUGUGAUAAAUUGGGAUUCCCAAAUUCGUGCAGGGUGGAAGCUACAGGGCGAGCAGGAGGUGUGUGGGUUUUUUGGGAUGGGGGAAUUUUCUCGGUACAGGCCGUUGCGGCCUGUUCUCAGCACUUAACUCUGCAAAUUUCCAGAGGCAAUGAUCCUCCGUGGAUGUUGUCCGCAGUCUACACUUCUCCACGGCAACGGGAGCAACGAGUCCUUUGGCAGGGGCUGAUCUCUGAAAGCAAGUACAUUGAGAUUCCCUGGCUGCUCACUGGGGAUUUCAAUGCCAUUAGCAGACCGGAGGAGAAGUCGGGACUGCCUGCGAGGAACACGCUGAGAAGGUGCCAAAUUUUCACGGAGAGAAUUAAUUCGGCAGAGUUAGUUGAUCUUGGGUUCUCGGGGCCAAAGUUUACCUGGUCCAGAGGAGAUCAUGAUCAGACUUUCAAGGCAAGCAGGUUGGACAGAAGUUUAUGCAACCUCAGAUGGAAUGCGACCUUCCCCAACUCGACGGUGAUUCAUCUUCCGCGCUACCAAUCUGAUCAUAAUCCUAUUCUCACCAAUGUGAUUCUGCAGCCGAGUCAGCCAUAUCCUGCGAAGCAGUUCAGGUUCGAAGCUGCCUGGAUGACGAACAAUACCCUCCCGAACCUGAUUUCGAGUGCCUGGGAUGGGAAUGUGGCUCUUCCAAUGGCGCUUGAGUCACUGGCAGGGAAGCUUGUUCACUGGAAUGAGGAGGUGUUUGGCGAUGUUAAGCAAAGGAAAAGAAGACUUCUAGCGCGUCUUAAGGGGAUUGAGUUGAGACUGGCAGGUGCCUUCUCGCCUGGUUUGGCCAAACUUCACUCCAAAUUGUCGAGAGAGCUGGACAAAGUGCUUGAGCAAGAAGAGCUUAUUUGGUUUCAGCGCUCCAGGGACAAUUGGGUCAAGUAUGGGGAGAGGAACACUGCGUAUUUCCAUCAGCUAGUCAAUAUCCGGCGGCGGUUCAACAAGAUCGAAGCUCUUCUGGAUGACAACGACGAUUGGGUGACGGAUUCCCACUCUCUUGCUCUCCUUGUUUUUAAUUUUUUCACUAAUAUUUAUUUGCAGGAGAAUUCCCCCUAUGAGGAUAGGAUGCCGAAGGGUGUAUUUCCUCGGAUGAGCCACACAGAAGCGACAUCUCUCUUCAGACCUUUCGGUAUUCAGGAUAUUCACAAGGCGAUCUUUGACAUGAAGCCGUUUCAGGCCCCAGGCCCUGAUGGUUUUCAGGCCGUGUUCUAUCAGCAGUUCUAG